UGCGGUUAUUCAGUUCAUAGAACAGUCAUUUUUGUAAAAUGUCUGCUCGGCUGCUUCUCAGGGCUGUCGUCAACGAGCGACUGACAGCCGCUGCGGAGGAAAUAAUUCAGGUUUUUGAGAGAACGAUCGUAAAAUACGAGGAGGAAGCUUGCAGCUCCAAACUAGAGAUUGAACGGCUCAGAUGUUUGCUGCUGGAGUCAAAUCAGAGGACAGACAAUCAUCAGUUGUCCAUGUGUAAAGAGGAACCUCCCCCUGAGCAGCAGCAGCAAUGUGAGCAGGACCCGAGCAGCAGCAUCUGUCAGAUGGACCCCGAGCCUCGACACAUUAAAGAGGAAUAUCAUGAACUCUGGGCCAGUGAACAGCAGGACGAAGAAGAGGAGGAGGUCCAAGAGUUCAGUGAUGCUUCUGACUCAUAUCUACCUCAUUCAUUUGCCUGGAAGGAAAAUCAACGGGAGGACACAAAACCGCCUUUACAACCUCAGAACGACGAAACUGAGGAGCAGUUUCAGAAGCUGCGGGAAAUUAAAACUGUGGAGUUCGAUCUACCUCUCGCCUCAACUUCACACACUCUGAUCCAGAAUGAGAGAGUCCAAGAUGGAAGGGAAAACGAAAGACCUGCUGUAAGUUUUGCAAACCAUUCACAGAUGGACCUAAGUCAGAGGCCUUUAAUCGGUUUCACUGAGUUUUGUCGUCAAAAUCCAGUCGCAGCUGACUAUCGUUGUUAUUUGUGUGACAAAUCUUUGUCCUCCAAUCGGCACCUGAUAAAUCACGCCCUUCGCAUUCAUUCAAAGGAUGCAGAUGUCCUCUGUGCAGUGUGUGGAGAGACCUUCGAGUCUACUGAAAGUCUCAAUGCGCACCUGGAAUCACACAAGGGGUCGAACUGCUGUCACAUGUGUGGGAAACACCUCAGCAGUACGAACGCUAUGACCGAACACAUGGCCAGCCACGCCGGGGUGAAACUGCACCGCUGCCACGUUUGUGGGAAAGAGUGCGGCCGGAAAGGGGAUUUAAAGAUACAUAUGAGGAUUCACACGGGCGAGAAGCCUUACCGAUGCUCUCUCUGUCGUAAGAGUUUCACCCACAGUGGACAUCUGAGGAAGCACAUGAGGACCCACACGGGAGAGAGACCGCACCAUUGUGAAAUCUGUGGCAGAGGGUUUCUACAGAGCACACACCUGAAAUACCACCUCAGGACUCACGCUCAGAAAUAUUGACUUUGUCAUCCACAGGAGGCCAGAUUGAUCAAACCUCUAAGCACAAAACCUAAACUUUAACCAGCCAACAUAAAAGUUGGUAAAAACGUUCUUCCUCUAGUUCACAUUUAUCAAGCGCCUUACACCUACAGACUGAAGCUAACCAUUACAUUAAUUGAUAUAUUAUUUUCACAGUGAAUUGGGUAAUUAAAAGAUUUAUUUUAUCCCCUCUCAGUUGCGACAUCUUAAUAGUUUCAUUUGUCCAGAACUUAAAGACUCUUCGAAAAGCAGUAAAUCCUCACAUUUAAGGAGCUGAAACCAGCAAAUGUUUGAUGUUUUUGCUUGAAGAUGAACUUGUCUGAUUGAUCAAGAAUCAAAAUAGUUGCCUUGGAAUACUAUUUAAAUCAACCAGUCAACUAUUGAUAAGUCACUGCACCUCUUCUACUUACAGUUAAGUGUAAAAGUAGCUCUGUUGUGAUAAUAUUACUUUUCAUGUGCUCACAGCAGCAGGAGUAGCCACUGAGGGGUGAUAAUUCACUGCCGUGUUUUUUAUUGUCAAAAAUCAUUCAUCUCAUCAUAUCACCUUCAUCAUUUAUGAAGAGUUAUAUUCUCAAGUACAAAUUGUUUUUUGUAAAGUUCUUAAAUUCUAGUUAGCGGGAAAAGACUUCUGCAGCUGGUUGUCAUCCUAAAAAGAAUCAUAAAAUUAUUCUUAUUUGGUGAGGGGGAGUAACUUUAACUUUCAGCAGAACCCAGUUGGUUAAGAGUUCCUAUUUUGAGUCAUAACACUGCUGUUAACAACAAGACAAUAAACUGUAACACCUCGUCAGUCGUCCACAUCUUUGUGACGUCACAGAUGCAUACUUAUUUUAGUCAUUUUGUUUUCUAUGUACCAGACUUUGACAGACGGUAAAUCUGUGUCAGCUGUUUUUGUGGUUUAGCUCAGAUUGGCUGUAAACAAUGAAUAAAAUGAAUUAGUUAACUGGAGCAGGAAGAACUUUUUGUUUUUUACCAUGUUUUAAGAAUUAGGUUUAAUCAAGUAUUUUGUCUCCAGAAAACAACUUUUGAUACUUAAGAGCAUCUAAUCAGACACUUUAAGAUUUUUAUUCAAAUUUAGCAACUCUCACUUUUACCAAGGUAAUAUUUAACAUAAAGUCUUUACUUUGACUCAACUUGGACUUAUGGACACUCUUUUUCCAAUGAUCUCAUCCGUCUGAUGUUUGAGUGGGUAAAUCUUUGCCAAAAAACACUUGUUAAUAUAGUUUUGAAAUAGUUAAAUAUUUAAACCUGCGGUUUCUCAAAGUGAGGUCUUCGAGGGGGUCGUCAGCAAAAAGAGGAAUUAUAAAGUAAAAACAGUGAAAUUCUUGUUGACUCUUGGGUAAAAUAAUAUCAAACAGG